ACUUAUGAAUGGACUGACAAAAAUGUUAUCAUUUCUGCCUUUUUCUGGGGAUAUGUUUUGCCGCAAGUUGGAGCCGGCUGGUUAGCUACUCACUAUGGACCAAAAUGGUUUUUAGUUGGAUCAAUGAUGGCUUCUUCGAUAGCUGGCUUUUUGAUUCCCAUGUCAGCAGCAUACUUUGGAUCGAAAGGAGUGAUGAUUUGCAGGGCUUUACAAGGAGUUUGCCAGGGAUUUGUUAUUCCUUCAGUACACAUGUUACUUGCCCGGUGGGUUCCAAAAGACGAGAGGAGUAUGGUAUCAUCUAUAGUAUAUGCAGGUACGCCUUGUGGAACAGUAUUUGCAUUGGUAGUAACUGGAUAUAUAUCAGCAAGUUCCUACGGAUGGCCGAUGUCAUUUUAUUUUUUCAAUGGUCUCAGUUUAAUUUGGGUCGUUUGGUUUUCUCUCUGUGGUUAUAGCUCCCCUGGAGAUCAUCCAACAAUAAGUCAAGAGGAAAAAUAUUAUAUUGAGACUUCAUUAGGAUUCGUUGAAAAUAAAAAAGUUUCAUCAACACCGUGGAAGCGAAUUUUAACGUCAACUCCAUUUUGGGCCCUUGUAUUGACACAGAGUGGAUUCACGUGGGGAUUUUGGACAUUGCUCUCUGAAAUACCAUUAUAUAUGGACAAAGUUAUGAGGUUCAAUUUGAAAUCAAAUAGUUUACUGUCAUCCCUUCCAUAUUUAUCUCACUGGUUAUUUAUGAUACUUUCUGGCUAUAUUGCUGAUCAGUUAAUGAGUAGGAAAAUAUUUAAAGUCAGAACUGUCAGAAGGCUUAUGAAUUCUGUUGGAUUCACUGCACCAGCUAUUGCACUUUUUAUUCUUGGAGAUAGUGGACCAGAAAGUGCUAUCAAGGCACUAGUUUUACUGGUAAUUGCUGUUGGUGUCAGUGCAAUAGCCUCAAAUGGAUUUUUCAUCAACCAUAUGGAUCUUUCACCUAAUCAUGCUGGCGUAAUUAUGGGUAUUAGCAAUUUUCUUGCAAGUUUAUGUGCGAUAGCUGCCCCACUGUUCGUACAAGUGUUCGUUACAGAUGAGCAUAAUCCGAACCAAUGGAAAAUUGUAUUCUACUCUGCAUCAGCAAUAUAUAUUGUGUCCAAUUUUGUCUUCAUUUGCUUCGGGUCCACAAAUGUUCAACCAUGGAAUGAAGAUGAUUCCGAAGAUGGAGAAAAAGUAUGAAAAAUAAGUGCAUGGAAUGAUUGGAAAGUUACUGAAACAAAGGAGAUAUUGUGAAUAAUUUUGCUAAAAAGUAUUUUUUUUAUAUUCUGUGAAUAAAAUCAACACAACGAAUA